AUGGGACUCGAACUACAAUCUGAUGUGCUAGAAAGAUGGUAUUAUCCAUCGGAGCGCACGUGGGACAACGGUGACCGUCUGGUCGACUUGUGCGAACACAUGGGCCUCAUCAUCGCUUCCACGUUUAAGAAGAAUCGUCGACGCCAUCAGCUCAAGUGGCAAGGAUCAACCAUUUUAACGCCUGAAGAGCAGCGCAAGCGGAAGAAGAGGACUCUUAAACUUCAGCUCGACUACGUUCUGACGAAGAACAUCCCUCAGUUGGAUAUCCAGAAAUCCGGAGCUGUUUGGGACGUUGCUUUCGACUCUUUCCACCGCCCAUUUGUUCUCAGCAUUAAGAUACGGGACCACAAGAGAAAGCGAGAUGUACCUCAUCAACCGAAAAUCGACAUGGCAGGUCUGAAAGCCGAAGAAUGCAGAAUUUCCGCCAACGUAUGUCUGUUCAUGUCGGAGCACGGACCAGGAAAAAGCUUUACGAUGUGGAUUCUUUUACGAAUUGCGUCCAGGACGCUGCAAAGAAAACACUCCCGGUUUACUGGUACCUCUCUGAGUAUUGCCCAUGUUCGACUGUCUUUGAAUCUCGGCAUGUUGAAACGUAGUUUUAACUGA